UCUUAAUGAAUAUCUGUAUUCAACGUAUUUUAAUUCCAUUUAUUUAACAUUAAUUGCCGAGUACAAUGAUUAAAAUUCUUGCAGUAACAUUUAUUUAUAUGUAAACACAUAGUUUAUUAAUUUUAUACAUUUUUUAAUGUAUUAUCGUUAUCGAUUCAAUUUUCACUGAAAAAUCUGUUUUUGAAUUUGUAUCGAUUGCCCGCCAAAAACUAUUUCUGCUUUACCGACAGAUUCGGCGACACGUUUCACCGUUCCUCCGAUAGAUGGCGGUGCAGCCGAGAAGAAUUCCCGCUCCUCCCCCACAAGACAUGUACCGACUCAGCCGGUUUUCAGUAUGAUGCCGGUCGCGUCCACGGUGGGGGUGAUUCGCACGUUCCUCCGAGGACCAUACGUACCACGAUCGUGUACGGCGUGCACGGUGUUUCUACGAAGCGCGCGCUCCUUCUUCGCAAUAGGACAAACAGAACGGAGAACGAAAGGACAAUAUGAGCGUAACUCGUUAAGACGGAAUCUCCGGAAACGUAGAACAGAAGAAAACUAAUAAAGAAGAAACGGUGAGAGGAACAUGGUGUGUACUUACGAGGUACCACGAUCAUUCCGAGGACGUUAUUAAAAGGCAGUAGGAAAGUAAUGGUGCGAUUCGAAUGCUAGUGGCCGCAUCCCUCCCCUGUUAUCUCGCGCGUGCUUACAUUGUGAAUCUGUGCGUCGUUUCCUUUCUCCGAAUCGCUCGAGUUAACACGCGAUCACCUUGGCUCGUAUCGUAACGAAUUCUCGUGGUUCGCCGUAAAAAGAACAUAUACACGCGGCGAAUCAAAGACGAAAAGAAAGAAGAAGAAUAAGAAGAAAGCGGGAGAGGCGAAUGGAGCCGGUGGCACGUACAUAUAUACACGUAGAGUGAUCAAGUGGUGGUCGCGUUGGGUCGAAUAAGAUCGGAGACGUAAAGGUGCUCCCGUGGGACGUCUCGUGGGUUACGGUGACCGAGUCACUGUCAUCUGUUUCCAAGAAGGAGAGAGGUCGACGGUUUCUGUGUUAGUGUAUAACCGCGCCAUGGGGCGUCAGUGUUGCUCCUUCACGAACGGCCGGACCUGAAUGUGUGCAUAUUUCUCCUGGCUGACUGGCCUGCCUUCCAUCGUUAAGCUGCAUUCACAAAAGGAGCCGAUUUUCGGGCAAGGACCGUGUUUCGGUCGUACUUGCCAGGAACACGAUUCGAACCGGUUAAUGAAGACUAUCCUGCAACGAUCGUCCAAUCGGCUAGCAGCAAGACUGGACGAGGAUAAUCGGAUGAAGCUGGGCCAAGCAUGCCCUCUAAGAAGCAAUACAAUCUCGUUCAUAAUGACGAGUACGACACCAGGAUACCACUGCACAGCGAAGAGGCGUUCCAUCGUGGAAUCGUCUUCCACGCCAAGUUCAUCGGCUCUAUGGAGGUUCCCCGACCGACCAGCCGAGUGGAGAUCGUGGCGGCGAUGCGAAGAAUCCGCUACGAGUUCAAGGCCAAAGGGAUCAAAAAGAAGAAAGUGACCCUCGAGGUGUCGGUGGACGGUUUGAAAGUCACCCUUCGAAAAAAGAAGAAGAAGCAGCAACAGUGGAUGGACGAGAAUAAAAUAUACCUGAUGCACCAUCCCAUAUACAGGAUAUUCUACGUCUCCCACGAUAGCCACGACUUAAAGAUUUUUAGCUAUAUUGCCCGCGAUGGAAGCAGUAACACAUUCAAGUGCAACGUUUUCAAAUCUAGCAAAAAGAGUCAAGCGAUGAGGGUGGUCAGAACGGUAGGACAAGCUUUCGAGGUGUGCCAUAAAUUAAGUAUAAACAACGCCACGGAAGACAGGGAGAGAGAGAAAGAACGGGAGAGAGAUCACGAGAAUCAUCGUGACGUUUACGAGGACCAAGACGAAAUACCGAACGAGCAGUCCCAGCCAUCGCCGUCUUCUGUGCACAAAGAUAUAUCGCUGUUAGGGGACACGGAAGACUCGGUGCCGGAACAGACGACUGUCCCCUGUCUUCUCAGAUCCCACGAGGUUCCAGCGACCACCGCUUCUACCUCGCCGAUUAGACAAUCGCCAUCGGGCAUGGUGACCUCCGAUUGUGGAGGAUUACUGGUUGGAGGAGAGUUAACUGCUCUGAAGCAUGAGAUUCAGCUGUUGCGAGAACGAUUAGAGCAACAAAGCCAACAAACCAGAGCCGCCGUUGCCCAUGCGCGACUUCUUCAGGAUCAGCUUGCGGCUGAAACGGCAGCUCGCGUUGAAGCUCAAGCCAGGACACACCAAUUGUUGAUGCAAAAUAAAGAGUUACUAGAACAUAUAGGUGCAUUGGUUGGUCAUCUCCGAGAACAAGAACGCAUCUCGAGUGGCCACGUCACCUCACAGUCUCAGAUUCCUGGCUCAGCAACGAUGCAGCAAACUACUACCGUUCCUGACUUAUCGAACCUCGGCCAGUGUCCACGAACAGGAGGACAAAGUUCACCAUGGGAGCUGGAUCCACCUUCUCCAUACUGCUCUUAUCCACCAGAAUCGCUGUAUGCUGGGAACCUGAAUACAAUAGGAAUUCAAGGGAACAGUACCUCGGCGGAUCAGUUGCAAUUUCAAACGCAGCUUCUGGAAAGGCUACACAACAUAAGUCCAUAUCAGCCUCAAAGGUCGCCUUACAAUACACCUUCCCCUUACGCGAUGGGUCCUAGUCUUCUUCUACCUCCUAGCAGUAGACCAUCUAAUUCAGCUCAGUUGUCUCCAAACUCCAUGUCAUUAAGAGUCUCUCAACCCAACAGUUUCUCAUCGUCACCUGUAAUGACACAUAAAUUAGAUAGUUAUGGUGUAAAUCCGGAUAUCAUAGACUCAAAGUCAACGUUCAUUAAACCACUACCGUGUACUGGUGAAAGGAACACUGUUCACUUGGUCCAGGAAGCAAAGGGUAAGCAGGAUCGAAUCAAUCCUCACGAUGAAAUACCACCAAUCGUACUGGAUCCUCCACCUCAGGGUAAACGUUCAGAAGCUACCGCUAAGCAGGCAAAAGAGAACACGAAUGGUAUGAACAAUAAAAGGAAUCCAGUGAAGCAGAAGACUCUGGCAACUAUUUUGAGAACACCUGGACCACCUCCGUCGCGUACAACCAGCGCACGAUUGCCUUCGAGAAGCGAGCUGAUGUCCGAGGUGCAAAGGACUACUUGGGCACGUCACACGACCAAAUGAAAAGUUUUUCCUGUAAACUUCAAGAAAUAUUCUUAACAUAUCAUCUCAUAGAUAGAACAACUUUUAAUAAAAAUAGACCUUUUUUUCAAAUGUUGUUUCAAAUAUUUAACACGUUUUUAGGAAACUUCACUGUCAGUAAACUUCUGAAUUUUCUGAUCAACGUCCGACCAAUGAGUGUACAUAAAGAGCGUGUUAUUCUUGUACAUACUACUAAACUUCAAUCAUUUUACAUGAUUAAUGCUGUGUCGUUAUAAAAUAAAAUAGAUACAGCUUA